AUGAGCGAACAGCAGCCUUGGGAGGAGGUUGUCGCCCGCAAACAGAAGCAGCGGGCCGAAGCCCUGACCCCAUUUGCUGCAUUCCCUACUUGCGAUGCCAUCACAGACGAGGACGAUGUGGCAACACUCGCCGCCAGCAUUGUGUCUGGCAAGCUGACGUCCGAAGCCGUCACGAGGGCAUACAUUGCGAGAGCAUAUGCGGCACACGAGAAGACAAAUUGUCUGACCGAGGUCUUCUUUGCAGACGCCCUCAAGCAAGCUGUCGAGCUGGACCGACAUCUGACUGCUCAUGGAAAGCCCGUAGGACCGCUGCACGGCGUCCCCGUCACACUCAAGGACCAGUUUGACGUCCAAGGCUACGAUUCGACUAUUGGCUACGUCGGCCGCGCGUUUGCCCCCGCCGAAGCAGACAGCGUCCUCGUUGCCAUUCUGAAGUCACUGGGGGCUGUCAUCCUGGCCAAAACUAACCUGCCACAGAGUAUCAUGCCGCAGUGGUGCGAGACCGAGAAUGCCAUGUUUGGCCUCACCGUCAACCCCGUCGACAAGACCUACACGCCCGGUGGCUCUACGGGUGGCGAGUCCGCCCUUCUGGCAUCGCACGGAUCUAUUCUAGGCUGGGGCACCGACAUUGGGGGCAGCAUCCGCAUUCCGUCCCACAUGCUAGGUCUGUACGGCCUAAAGCCGAGUAGUGCUCGUCUCCCAUAUCGUGGCGUGCCUGUUUCGACCGACGGCCAGGAACACGUGCCUUCGUCCGUUGGCCCGCUGGCCCGCAGCCUCGACAGCAUCCGCCUGGCCAUGGAGUUCGUCAUCGGCCAGCGGCCGUGGGACAAGGACGCCCGCUGUGCGCCGCUUCCCUGGCGCACCUCCAUGUAUGACGACGUUCUGAACCGGCCGCUCGUCUUUGGCGUCCUACGCUACGACGGCGUCGUCCGUCCUCAUCCGCCCAUCGCCCGCGUGCUCGACGAGACGGUCGAAAAGCUCCGUGCAGCCGGCCAUGUCAUUGUCGAAUGGGAUGCCUCGUUGCAUGCAGAACUGAUUGCAGUUAUGGAUGCAUUUUACAGCGCUGACGGCGGCGAGGAUGUCCGUCGCGACGUCGCCCUCGGCGGUGAGCCUUUUAUCCCGCACGUCGCCCGCCUCGUCGACCGUGGGCCCGCCAUCUCCGUCUACGCCUACUGGCAGCUCAACCGCCGCAAGAUGGCCCUGCAGCAGGCGUACCUCGACCGCUGGGUGGCCACGGCCUGCGACGCCGUCCUGAUGCCGCCUAUGCCGCAUACUGCUGUUCCGCACCGCUCCUGCGGCUGGGUAGGCUACACAAAGGUCUGGAACGUGCUCGACUACCCGGCCCUCGUCUUACCCGCCGGCACAGCUGCGCCCAAGGACCUCGAUGCGCCCUGGGAUGGCGAUAGCCGGCCGCUGCUGUCCGGUCAUCCCAUGGAUGCGGCUAACCGCGCCAUCUGGGCCGAGCAUGGCGCCCGCAUGGCCGCCCUGCGCCUGCCCGUCGACGUGCAGGUUGUGUGCCGCAAGCUGGAGGAGGAAAAGGUAUUGGGCAUCGGCAGGGUGGUGGACGAGGUGUUACGGCGGAUGUAG